AUGUCUGAUCUGGAGCCUUCGGUGGCGAUCUCAUCUUCGCCCUCUCUCCCGGCCACCGACUCCAAUCCUCUCAACUACGCUUUCCUAGUCCAUUCCCAAAAGACCCUCACCCAGAACCUUCCUCCACGCGUCGACAACAAGCUGCUUGCCCGCCAAAAGCGGCGGCGAACGAGCCCGGAGGACCACGCCGUGCUAGAAUCUGAAUACCAGCGGAAUGCCAAACCAGACAAGGCAGCCCGUACCAGUAUUGUGAAUCGCGUCUCGCUUGGCGAGAAAGAGGUGCAAAUUUGGUUCCAAAACCGCCGCCAAAACGAUCGCCGCAAAUCCAAACCACUGCAACCACACGAGUUACUAGCCCCGCGGUCGGGUUUACUAGAUUCAUCUGGUCAGCCUUUGAGUGACGAUAACGCGUCGGCGGAGCCGGGGUCUUCAAGUGGGGCAGAGCAAUUUGACGACCGCGAGGAAAUGGCUUCAAAACCGUGGCAUGGGGGUCUGUUGAAUUUCUCUGAUGAUUCGGACCCGGUGACAGGGGAUAGAGAUGGAAAUGAUCAUGAGCAUGAGCAUGAACAUGAGCAAGAACCGGAGUUGCCGCCCAGCACUCAAACGAGUGUGGCCACAGAGGUCAUCGACGACACUCCGCAGACUACACAAGAAGAGUUUUCCCACAAUGUGAAUCACUCAUCGGAGGAUUCUCUCUUGCCGGUGCCCAAGAGAAAACGGUCUUUGUCGGAUAUCAGAGGCGAGGGAGAAAAUGAGCAGGCUGCAAACACACACACCACACCAACCACACCUACCAAGUCUCCACCAUCGUUGAGAUUGUCGAUGUCAUUUGAUGGAGAGGCUAUGGUACGCAAAGAAGGAGAACAAACGCCAUCACCACCCAAGGGCCGCAACUCACUGCGCAUUGCCAUGUCGGCGGAUGGUAAGGCAGUCAUCCGAGGCGAGAAUGAACCUUCUCCAUCCAAGAAUCGGGUAGCGAUGUUCUCAGUGCGCCGAACAAAAAUGUCAAGCCUGCGACGGAGUAGCAGUGCCGUUUUCCCAGCUACGCCGCGGGCAGGUGUGGCCGAGAAGGAUCGGGCCUUCGGUCGCUCUCGCGAUCCCCGCAACUGGGAGUCAUUCUGCGAUACGGACGCACGAAGCGCCCUAUCAACACCCAGCAGCGGACCCAAUGCGUCACCCAGUCUCUUCCAUUCCCGCAGUCAGCGAUCAUUACCGCGCAGUGCAUCUGGGCGAUAUGGCUUUGCUGCCAACCACGACCUGACCACAACACCAAUUUCUCAGUCCAUGGGAGAGAAACGUCAGAAGUUGGCCCGUACCGUUUCAUCUCUGGGGCGGCUGGAGACCGGGCGAAACAGAGCCAGCUUCAACACCCCUAAAAUAUCUAAACCCGUGUUCUCCAAGUCAGGCAAGACACACUUGGAAAUGGACCCCGGUGACUCUGAUAAAGAGAACUGGGUGCCAGGCACUCGGUCAGCGAAUAUUCGUCGUCGGAACACGUCACAUGUAUCACGGCCGGCCCUUAGCGAUGCGAACCGCAAUCGCGGCCUAGGAAUCUCAACCAAUGGCAAGCGCCAUCGACCACAAUCUCGCCCACAAGGCAAGGCCCCAGAGCUGAGCGCGGAGGUCUCGGCAUUCAUGGCUGGGGGCUCAGGCGAUACUCAAGAAGAUGAUCUUGACUGUGUCCAGGGUCUGUUGUCGUUGAGCCAAGGGGCCUGGCGAUAA